CAAGAUAUCCGGACGACAACGUGACACACAUCGCUUGGCGGCCGCGAGCGCUUGCCUAGUCCCCAACUGACAUGCGAGCAGUACACAGCAUCAUCUCGGCGGCGGUGCUUGUCGUGUGUGCCACCGGUAGCACCGAUCCCGGCCUCUUUGACGCAGGUGAACUGUUUCCGUGCGAAGCCCAAGAAUGCCGUCCGAACGGCAGCAACCCUAACACGACUGUCGAGUCGUGCCUGAGAGCGUGCAACGGCGGUAGCGCCAGCGAGUGUAAGGAGCAGUGCGUGUGCAGCGGCACGGUCGCCGGCUCGCAAUGUGCCGGUAUCUGCCGCAAGAACAAGUCUGAAGACGAAUGCGGGUCGCCCGUCCGUCAAAAAUGCGUCGGGGCCGACUUAGUCUGUGACAAAUCUACCCAGACUCCUUCGCCAACGUCGGCCGUGCCCACGACGACAUCUCCCGAACCAACGACGACCGCUGCGCCAACUCCAGCACCCACGACAACUGAAGUCACCACACCAAUCCCAUCGACGACGACGGCCCCGAUUCCAUCGACUACUGUCGCCCCCAACACCACGGAGGUCCCCACCACGACAAGUGCCCCAACCACCACGGUUGCACCCGUCACUUCUACCGCCGCUCCCUUCCCUACGGAUGCGCCUACUACUUCUGUUUCUCCCAUCACUACAAGUUCUGCGCCUGUUCCUUCCACGACGACCCCGACGGCGUCGCCCACAGUUUUGCCAACCAAUUCCCCAACACACACUCCUACUCCUGCUCCCACCGCCAGCACGCCCUCUCCCUUCCCGGGACCUUGCACCCACGUUAGUGUCGUUGGUGAUGCGACCUACUGCGUGCCUGGAGCGAUCUGCGGCGACCUUGGCCGCGCCUGCCCGAAGAAGGGCGACGUGGCUGCCGCUGACUGCAACCGGCACUUGCCGAGCUACGUCCAUGCGGAGAACAAGUGCGUGGCACGGUUUAACUCAGUGUGCCAGCCGCUCCAUCGUGCUGGCGCGACUGUAUAUGGCUGCGUGUUUGACCCGAAGUACGUCGACCCCGAGCCAACUCCUGCACCCACCCGCGACCCCGACCGCCCCUGCACGGACGUUAGCGUCGUCGGUGACGCUACCUACUGCAUCCCUGGCUCUGUUUGUGGAGGCAGUGGCACCAACUGCCCAAAGAAAGGCGACGUCGCUUUCAAGGAUUGCCUUCGAAAACUGCGCAGCUACGACGACGCAGGUCGAUGUGUCGCACCGGUCGACGCCGAGUGCCGACACAUUCAUGGCAGCGUCCUCGGCUGCGUCUUUCCCUAGGCGAAUAUGGCUGAUCUUUGAUGGAAUGUCGCAGUAAUAAAACAUUCAUGUGACGAAGUUGGUG